CCCGGACUGGUAAUCUGUCCUUUCGGGCAUUUGCCCGAACGGCCGCUCUAUCCUGUGAUGAAGUGGGCCGGGCGCUGCACUUAUCUGCUAUUAGAAGGAAAAUAUAUUUUACGAGCAAGGAGCACACAGUUCACAUAGUUGAAGUGCGCACGCCGAAGCUAUUUCCAGAGGGAGGGGGAGAGAGAGCGAGUGAGUGAGGAGAAGGUAAUACUUUGUUUAGCUUUACUGAUAAGAGUGUUGCUACGGAACGCAUUUUAGGACAUCAUGCGUUUGGAGCAUACGUGACUACAAACAAUGCGCUAUGGAGAAGGCAUAGGACAACGCAUGCAGCAAAGGUAAUUAGGCGCAUGAUGUCCUAAAAUGCAUUCCGUAUGUUGCACAUCUCUUUCCCUGCCUCUGACUGCUCCGUUUAGGGUCUCCCUCACAAGCUGCCUUCCAGUUGUCUUUUUGAUUACGGACAGUCCCUCUCCAGUCUUGCCCCCCCCCCCCCUCACAGUCACCCACUGUCUCAAGUUUCACAGCUCCUCAUGUCAGCUCUGUCCAGCUUCCUCCCUUCACGGUGCUUCUCCGAUCUCCCUCCCUGCUUGCAGGGUCCCUCUCUGCUCUAAGGCCCCCCUCCCUGUAACACAUUCUCUCGCUCCCCCCUCCUACUUUCAAUCCCCAGUCUUGUUCUCUGUCCUACUCCUCCUCCUCCGAUCUAUCUCCUUUACCUGCUGCAAGUCUGCAACUGAUGACAUAAACCAUGGCAAGCAAGAAGACAAGGGCAGAAUACAGCAAAAACAUUCAAAUAAAGGAAAGAGAUAUCAAAGAACAUAUUGAGACAUCGAAUUAUGUGACUGAAAUAUUCAACAACAUCAAGCUCAAUUUGCCAGUUUGCCCAGUGCCUGUUGAAAAGGCCAGUUAUGUAGAGGAUGUAGAGUGCGACAAUACCCUGUUUGUACAGGAAGAGAUAAGACCAGUCCCUCUGCUGAUUCCUACAAACAUAAGAUGUGAUGGCUUGCGUUGUCCAAUUCCUCCUAUAGAGGGUCAGCUCACUAACCGAGAGCCAGAGCUGAGAAGCGCCAUCAUUCAGGAAUUCCAACUAAUUGUGCCUUAUAUUGAGACCCUCAUCAGAGAUACUGAGAAUGGCACUAGUGUGAAAGGAAUCCUUUUGGGCGUCUUGUUACCACAAGUCUUUGUCUAUCUACUAGAAUUCUGCUGGUCCAGCAGAAAGAAAACAGAAAAGGACAGAGAUGAGGCCCCUGCUGAAAAAGAGAGCGAAGGGCCACAACGUCCUGCUCAAACCCAUGAUAACAUGGAGGAAGAAGCAGAACUUAGUAGGAGUGGAAGCAAAAAGAAGGAGGAGCCUAGAAGUGCUAAGAAGAAGAAAAAGCUGCACCACUCUGAGGCUCAUGAACACCAAGGCUCACAGAGACCAAAUAACAAUUCAACAAUGAACGCAGACGAGGAGAAGGAAUUAAAGCAGCUUUUCCAGCAGUUCAUCUGCCAAUGCUUGGAAGGAGGUUUCUGAGGAAAAGUCAUAGAGAGACGUGGAUGGGAGGGAGGACAGAAACUUCUUCAGAUUAUUCCUGCACAGAAUUCCCAUAGCGAUUCCUACAAGCUCUGAAAGCAAAACAAGAUUUUUUAAAAUAAACCUUUACUGAAAUGUAA